AUGGGACUCAAAAAUAAAUUAUAUUUAAAAAAUAGAAAUUCAUAAAACCUAUAAUUUCUAGGAUCAGCUGAGAAGCUCAAUUCUAUAAGUAUAAGAACAGAAUCUUCCAAAGGUGAUCUGAAUACCUAAUCAGAUGAUAUUAAAGGUCUGCUUAAGUAAAUAAAUGAUAAACUAAGCAAUCUAGAAAAACUAGACAAUUUAGAAGAAUUAGUAAAAAAAUUGGAAGAAUAAAAAGGUGUGCUCAAUAAAGAAAAUAAUAUAAAUAAGGAAGCUGAGACUACAUAAACAUAGAGAAAUCUGGUCAAUGAAAGAUUAAAUUAGACUUAAAUUUGUUGCUGUAAUAGUUGUAAUAUAUUUUGA